UCAGUUUUUUGCGUACUGAAGGGAUGUCUGGUCGCGGGAAAGGCGGCAAAGGGCUGGGAAAAGGAGGCGCCAAGCGCCACCGGAAGGUCUUACGCGACAACAUCCAGGGUAUUACGAAGCCCGCCAUCCGCCGGCUGGCCCGCCGAGGAGGUGUCAAGCGCAUUUCGGGACUCAUAUAUGAGGAGACCCGGGGAGUGCUUAAAGUAUUUCUGGAGAACGUGAUCCGCGAUGCAGUGACUUACACGGAGCACGCCAAGCGCAAGACCGUCACGGCAAUGGACGUGGUGUACGCGUUGAAACGCCAGGGCCGCACGUUGUAUGGCUUCGGUGGCUGAGCAGUCCCGGCGGCUUAU